AUGGAAGCUCAAAGCUUCUCUCAAAACUCCCCGAUUCACAUCGACAUCGACGUCCAGUUUGCGAUACUCGAGCAUUUAGACGAAUCGCACACAAAAGACACCAUCGCUUCUUGCGCCAUGCUCAACCAUGAAUGGCUUUCCGUAUUUCGUCCUGCACUUUUUCGUUCCAUCACGGUGAAACCUCAUGCCGACAAACGUCUGUCAAGUUUCAUAGACUUCUUGCUCUCUCACCCCGACGUCGCUGCUUACAUACAAGAGCUGGUGCUCUCCGGAGAAGCCGCUCAAAGCCUGACCGAUCGCUAUAUCACAGUCAGAGAAUAUCAAGCUGUCUUGGCGACACUCUCUCAUCUCCGCAAGCUUCGACUCGUGUCGCUCGUCAUCGGCAACCAAUUCCUGAGUGCUACCCCUCAUCCGGAGAUGGAAGCCCUGCCCCAUGGACCGGUACGCCCUCUACAGUCUCUUCAUAUUGAUGACUGCGACUCCAUUGGAUCAUCCGAAUCGCCGACAUGGACUCACGAUCCCCGUCCGCUCCUCGACAUCCUAUGCGCAUCCCUCUCUAUCAACAACUUGACCAUCGACAACACAUGUGGCUCGAAUUUGUAUGACAAGCAGAGUACGCACCAUAUUCUGUCGGCCCUGAUCGAGCCGCAGCAUCGUCCGCAGUCGCCCACGGUCCACACGCUGGUGCUCAACUCGAUCCGACCUGCCACAGCGGCUAUAUUGCAUGCCUACCUUGCCUACACAGGCUCGCUCGAAGGCCCUCUAACAACCCUGCGCGUUGGUAGAUUCGGUUCUAGCAAGAGCUUUCCUCUGUUUUAUUUCCCCAUGCUCUGGGACACCCGCGCGCACCUCACCGAACUGCACUUAUGCGCAGCCGACGUUACCUGCGGUAUGUCUUCCAUCAGUUCAAAUGUCGCCUGCACUCAUCAAGUCAACCCCGAACGUUUUCCUGCCCCAGAUUUGACUCCAGGCCUGUAUCAAAGGACGAUUGACCACUUCGCGAGUCUUGUCGCACUACAAACGCUCGUCUUCUGGGUCUGCAGCUCCUUCGGACGACCAGGGAGCCAGCUCACGAUGUGCACCCCGCUACUCAAGCCCCCCAACCUCCGUACAUUGUCUUUCAAGCUGGAUCCCGGGGACGCGCUUGCGAUAGAGUUUCUAUCGCGUAUGGCCCGACUUCCCAGCCCUCAGGCUAGCCUGCUUUGGGGUGAGUUGGACGAGGCCCUACACGGGAUCAAGACCCUACGUGCAGCAGAGUUCGCCUUUUACAACAAAGGUCAACAUACACCCGCCGCGGGUGAGGAUCAUUUCGAGCCUUUCAGGAGGACGUUCGAGAGGUGUUUCCCAAUGACGCUGGAGAGGGGCAUCUUGCGGGUGCGACACAUGCCUGGGCAAUCGUAUGGGGAGUACUGA